CCGGAGCCGCGAAGAGAAAAGUUGGAGAACUUGGGAUUGGGUCCCGGGGGCGGCGCGUGAAUCACCCGCCCCGCGCCGGAGCCUGGCGGUGAAUCAUCCAUGCCUGGCGCAAACAGCCGCAUGCCGCGCCGGGGGGAGCACAGCUUUGUUGUUGUGGCCGCGACGGCGCCCGCGCGACCCGGCCGGGCUUCCCGGAGCCGUGACGGGGCUGCUGCGCGCGGAAAGUUUUGCGAGGCUCGGCUGUUUGUUUUCCUGGCACGGUGGGAAGGGACGGGGCUGAGCGGGAAUCCCCCUCGCCUUCAUGAGCGGACCCUGCGGCUUUCUUGCUCAGAUGAGACCCUGAAGGAUGAGGAGAAGGCCUUGCUAUCUGGGUUUUCAGUCCAAGCCUCACAAAUCCAAUCAAGAAUCAGCAAAAGUACAAAUCUGUGGGACUAAGUCCUCAGCAUGAGGAUCUGAUAAAAGCUCCAGGUAGAAGAUAAGGAAUUGGAAGAAACUUCAGUCUACUGCAAAGAAAACAGAAGGAUCAGGGAGCGGACUCUAGAGUAAAAGUGCUGGUAUGGCCGCGCCUGGCCCCGCCGCCGAGCGGCCCGCGGGAGCGACGCCCUGCUGAUCGGAGCGGCGGGAUCGCCCCCCAUGCCACGAGCGGCGCAGCAGCCCUGGUGAAGCCCGGCCCGACGCUGCCGCCCGGCCCGCCCGCCCCACGGAUGGCUGCGCAGAGGAAGCACUUGGUGAAAGACUUCAACCCCCACAUCACCUGUUACAUCUGCAAAGGCUAUCUCAUCAAGCCCACCACUGUCACCGAGUGCCUCCACACCUUUUGUAAGACUUGUAUUGUUCAGCACUUUGAAGACAGUAAUGAUUGCCCCAGAUGUGGCAAUCAGGUGCACGAGACCAAUCCAUUAGAAAUGUUAAGGCUAGAUAACACAUUAGAAGAAAUUAUAUUCAAACUGGUGCCUGGACUUCGAGAACAGGAACUACAGCGUGAGAUCGAAUUUUGGAGGAAAAACAAACCUCAAGAAAAUGGACAAGAUGAAAAUCCAAAAUCUGAUAAGCCCAAAGUAGAUGAAGAGGGUGAUGAAAAUCAGGAAGAUAAAGACUAUCAUAGGAGUGACCCACAGAUUGCUAUUUGCCUGGAUUGUUUACGUAAUAAUGGACAGUCAGGGGAUAACGUAGUGAAAGGUUUAAUGAAGAAAUUCAUCCGUUGUUCUACACGAGUGACUGUGGGAACUAUCAAAAAGUUUCUCAGUUUAAAAUUAAAACUUCCAAGUUCUUAUGAGCUGGAUGUACUAUGCAAUGGAGAAAUCAUGGGGAAGGAUCAUACUAUGGAAUUCAUCUAUAUGACAAGAUGGAGACUCAGAGGAGAAAAUUUUCGGUGUCAGAACUGCUCAUCUUCGCAAGUCUGCUCACAGGAUGGCACUUUUUAUCAGUCUUAUCCUAUGGUACUGCAGUAUCGACCCAGAAUUGACUUCGGCUAGACCAAAGGUCCAGACCACACUGAGAUGAAUUCUGCACUAUUGUUUACCCAUCGACAGAUUGCACAAUGAAUGGAUGUGCCUGGAUUAGGGGGACACAACCAGAUUUUCAGCAUGCAAAUAAGAACCUUGUCUUUCUUAAAAUUGUCAGUUGCAUCUUUGUUGUUUCUAUUAGAGCAAGCCAAGUGCCAUUCUGCUACUGAAAUGUGCAUAAGAUAUUUGUGGUAUCUUACAAAUGUGCUGCAAGUCAUAGCCAAAAUCAUGAAAUGUGCAGUCAAGAUUCAGAAACUACAGAAUAUUUUUCCCAUGUGUUAGAAAAAGUUUCUGGUCUUCAUGUUGAUUACACUAGCAAAAUGGCCAAGUGCUCAUUCCAUGUCGUGUUGCAAUUUUCACACAAUUACUAUUUUACUGAAUAUUGUUGUAUAAAUGAUAGAGUACUGUACAAAAAAUUAAGGAUUAUAUCUUGAAAUAUUUUGUAUAGAAAAUAUAUUUAGAAAAGUGGUUAUUGUGCCACUACCUUUCUCUUGGUAAGCUUCUGAUAGGUCCAGGUAUAGUUCACUCAUGAGUGUGCAGCAGUCCUUUUGCUAUGAAUGAUGUGUACCCCAGGCACAAGAGCAGAACGCAGUAAUUAAAAAGCCUAAAUAGUGUGCCAGUAUCUCUUAAAAACUUCAUAACCUUUGAAUACACAUUUUUACAACUUGUCUAGAAUUGACAAUUUGAGAUGCAGGUAUUUUAGGAUAAUGGGAGCUGGCCAGAUUAUGGUUCUUCUAAUAAAGUGUUUGUAAAAGUGAGGUUAAAAAUCAUUUAAAUACUAAAUGGAAAAGUAGCAUUUUCUCUGUAAGGUCAUCCCACAUAUCAAAAUGUAUUUAUUUUUGUCAGUGGCAUUCAUAUUCAGGAAUUCUUUCUUUUUUUUAAGGUGUAUCUACAUCAGACAUAUAUGUAAAAAGAAUACAAAGUGACAUAUUUCAAAACAUAGCUUUGAUUAUAUUAAAUGUCUGUUGUGGUUACAUGGAGUUUAGACGCUAUUGAAGAUGUAUAUAAUUAGUUACAGUCAUAAAGCUAAUUUCAUAAUAACAAAAGGCAAUACAGUAUUGGAAGAUAAACAGUUUGACCAAAAUAAUUGGUUUUUCAGGGUAAUUUUCCCUAGGAACUAGUAUCACAAUGUAAUAGUUCUAGUGUAGAACAUUGUAUUGAGGUUUCUGGUAACAUUGUUGGGAACAGUAUUGCAUAUGUUUUCUGUAGUCUUCCAUUGUUUUAGCUCUGUUUAAAAGUCAUAAUGGCUUUUUACUUUAAACUGUAGAGAAAAAUACAGUUAAGUAACGUUGUAUGUUUUAGCUACAAGUAUUGUAGAUUACCACUUAUUUUCUUGCAUAAAACAAGAAGGAGUGAGAGGCUUUCAGAAGUUGCCACAGGUUGAGUUAAUCAUGCUUAGAAAAAAGCCAACAAUAAUAAAAACCCCAACUCAAGAAACAUGGGAUCAGACUAUUUAAGGUGAUAGGAUAUAGGUUCUAUAGAAAUGCAGUCUCAGUGUUGUUUAAAUAUGUAACACAUGUAAACGCAUUAUGCGUGAAAUCCUGGCCCCACUGAAGUUGUCAGUUUUAAGAGGGACCAGGAUUUCACCUGUGUGUACACAUUGGGUCAUAUCCUACCUUUGUAUUCCAAAAGUCGUAUAGCAAACAGGAACAAAAAUGCAUAGCAGGUAGCAUUCUGUCUAGCAAUCUUACCAUUACAGGUCAAGAUUGCCCUAUUGUGCUAAUGCAUUGUAGCAGAAGGAAGCAGGCUGCUUUCAUCUGUAGGCACAUGUUGAUUGUAGGGCUUGCUUUGCCCAUGCUGUUGACAGAGCUGAUAAAACGUUCCUCAUAGGUGGGCCCCUGUCCUCCGUGGACAAGUGGAUUCUUCACAAGCACAGUACUUUUCUAGCUGGAUCUGUUUGCAGGAUCAGGGUCUAAAUGCACCUUACAAUUUAUAUACAGUAUUUUAACACCAGGAGUAUUUCUGUUAUGGCUUCACUUAAAAAUGAAGGAUUUGGUUUCAGUUCAUGUCAAUAUUACUAAUGGUAAUAUUUUUAAUGUUAAUUUUUAUUUGGUUUAGGUAACAGUUUAGCAAUGUACUUCCUAUUUUGGCAAAUUCUCAACCACCCAUUGAGAUUUUUUUAAUCAGAAAAACAACACUCAAGUUACCAUUUUAAAUCCAUUUUCAAACAUUUUACAUAGCUAAGAUUUUUUUCAUUAAAUCAGCAAAUUCAUAUAAAAUAUAGUAUGACCACUGAAAUGUCUUACUGUAUUGUGAAGGACUCUGAGUCGCAACCAAUAAGGGGUUGGAUGUUUAUAAUGACUUCCAGCAUUCCAAGUUCAGUGAGCCAUAGAUUUAGCUUGCUCUGAGUUGGUAAUUGCCUUAUUUUAUAAUACGUUUAAUCCAACACAGAUUGGAGUAGAGAAGGCAGAUCUUCACAGUAAGCAUGGAAACUACUGACAGGCAUAGUUUUAUUGUUCCCAGUUGAGAAUCGCUGCCUUCACUGCUUAUGAAUAUAUAUGAUUUAGCUGACUACAUGUAAAUGUUUCUGAUGGCAUAGUGCCCGAUUGGUUAAAUACUUCUUCUAGGAGUGAGGUGCCAACCAGAUGUAUAUCAUGCAGCCAGUAUAACAUAAGUGUGACUUCUGCAGGAAAUUUCUUUUUUCUGUAUGGAACAUAGAUGCCAUGUGUAUGCACAUGUGUAUAUUUGAUUAUCCCUGUUGACACAUUUGUGCCAAUUAAAUAUAUACAAACCCUGUAGGAAUAAGAGAACUUGUGUACAGACUCAUAUUCCAAAGAUGAGUUAUAAUGAAGUGAGCGCAUGAGUAUUCCGUGAAAAUCGCACAAGGGGUGCAUAGACACGUACUAAUUGGGUUUAAGGUAACUUAACUAAGUCAUUUAAGCCAAGUCAGAGCAUACAGAUGUACAGCUCCUUUACAUGAUGGCAGCCAUCUUGUGAGCUAAGUUGACUUAACUAAUGCAACUCAAGAUAAUACACCUUGGAAGCUUAUUAUUAUGCAACUCAUUUAAGUCAACUCUGCUCCAUACACGUGUAUACACUCUAACAGUUAAGUUGACUUAAAGUUAAGUCAGCUUAACUGUCAGAAAGUUAGUAUGUAUGUAUGUACCUAAUGUGUCCAAGAAAAUCAGGAAACUACCAUGUAUGCAUUUGAUAGGGAUAUUUCCAUUGCUAGCAGUGUCGUCACUGCAGAAUCAGGAAAGAAACGUAUAAUAGCUGAAAAUGAGCAAAUUACCCAUAUUGAAUUAAUUGAGCCACAGGGGAAUACGAACUAGAAUUUACUAGUUGUUCUACCUUUUAAUUAUUCAGGAAAGAUUCAGGAAAGAUUUUUUUUCUCUUUCAAACGAGUGUCUACAAGGUUUUAACCUUCUACAUCCAGGUUAGCCACUUAAUAAAAAUCAAACCUUUUGUUUGACUAGAGAUCUGUAUGCAGUAUUUGUCUAGUAACAUAUGUAUUGUAAGUUAAGAGUUUGCAGAAUAGUAAGAUCUCAAAUGCAGAUAUAAUACAAUUAAAUUAGAUUAGUCUAAUGCAUAUUCCAUAUUGUACUAGUACAGUGCCCCAACACUAUGUCCAACCUUACAGUCUAAUAAACACAUGGGUAGUUCCUACCUGUCUAAAUAACCACUCAGUCUUUAUGACUUAUUAGUACAAUAAGAGGUAUUCCCAUGAAUAUUUUCAGGAUAAAGUCCUAAAAUUAUGUCAAACUUAAUGUAAGUGUGCUCAGCUAGGACAUAAUUACUGUCUAAUUAAAAUCAAAAUGUGAUUACAGUCUUUUCUAAAAAAAUAAUUUUAUAUUGUUGACUCUUAUGGUCUUAUGGAAAAUGUUAUAAGAAAGUGCCUGAUUGCUGAUACAGCAUAUCUUUUAGACCAACAUCCUACAUUUUGAAUGAGAACAUUUGUUUUUGUGUGUUAAUGAAUUAUUUCAGCAAAAGUUUUUCUUCACAGAAUUAUAGAAGGAUCUUCCUCCUUGUGAAACAAGUAUGGAAAAAAAUAUAUUCUGUUAUUAGGCAAUAUAAAUACUGUAGAAAUAUAUUACUAGAGACUAUUUAAAAAGGAUGACUCUGAGACUGUAUUAAUCUUAUUUUCUGCCAGGUAGUAACCUUGAAUUCUGGAUCCUGCGUUUUUCCUUUAGUCUGACACUUUUUGGCUGUACUUCUAUUCCUUUUACAUGCUAAGUAUAAUUCAGUCCUAGCUAAUGCUGUGGGGAUUUUGUUGUUCUCCUUUUGGACUUUGGCUAUAUUUUCUUUGUUCAUCACAGAUGAAGAUGCAGUUCAGGACUUCCACCUUAUCCAUUCCAGUUGUAGCUGUUAAACCUGGAAUUGAGAAAGCAGCAAGUAAUUUUUCUCUUGAUCUCUCUUCUCUCAUAGGAAACCAAAAUGUGCAGGUCUUUGCUCUCUAGAUGGAACCAUUUGUUGAGUUCCUUUGUUCCAUUUGCAUUCAACUUCCCCUUCAUCACAAAAGUCAAGGUACUCCAGUUAGGAGCUACAGAAGGAUAUUCCAUGUGGUGUUCUCAAAAGCCAUAACAGCCAGCUCAGCCAGACUGUAAUUGAUUUAGGUUCCAGAUAAGCAAUAAUCUUCUGAUUCUCAAAAUUACAUGCAUGGAAUUUUGCAUUAAGAAAUGUCUAGGUGAGGUAUUAGCUGAUUACAGGGAUUAACCAAAGUAUUCUAAGGACUGGUGAGUCCUUUUUAUUUUUGCCCACAGCAAAGAUAUUAGAGAAUGGACUCUUUUUUUUAAUUUGUGAGCUAAGAGGGAAAUGGGUCUAAAUCCUCCUCAUAGACCAGUUAGCUAGUUUGACAGUAAUAGUUUGAUGCCUUCCAAAUUAGUGGUGAUGUGCAGGAUAUUUUCCAUUCUAGCUACUUCAUUCUCAAUGUUAAGGAGUCCAGACAAAAAUUUCUAUUCCUCAGAAUAGGCUGGAUUCUCUAGAUCUUUUUCUUAUUUCAGGCCUCAAGAAAAUGAACAGGUAUACAAAAAAGAUAAAAUUUGGGCAGAAGGAUUCUUGAUGGCAUCUCAAAUUGUAAGUUGGAUGCAACCUUGCCAGCUUGGAAGAGUUCAGGCACUGACCUUCUAACUCCAAAGAACACGUUAUGAUGUAUCCAGCUUCACAUGCAAUCGAUGGGUCUUCUGGUCUUAUGUAUACAGACUUUCAUGAACAAGACUGAACAAAAUAGUUUAAAGGAUUUCUACUAGCAGUCUGGAGCUAUUCAAAAUAAGAGAUGCAAAGGUACCUACAGAGUGAUUUAGUCUCUUGUUUAGUUGUGAUGGAAGCCCUUGUAACAAUAGAACCUCCUCCUGCAAUCUUGAGUGUAAAAUUUUGAAGGCCUGCCUUAGGGAAUUGCACCUGGAGAUCCACCAAGUUGUCUCUAAUGCAAGUUUUAGUUCAGUCUGGCAACACCAUGAUUGACACACAUUUACAUGAGACUAGUUAGAAGAUCAAAUCUAGAUGCUGAAGUAAAGCAGCUUCUCACCUGGGACUAAACUAAUUUCUUCUGCAAUGAAAUAAACCACAUAAGGUCUGUCCUAUGAUCUUUUAAAAUUUAGCCCUUUGAACCAAUGGUAUCUACUUCCCUAUAUUUCCUUCCUGUAAGAUUAUUCUUCCUGAUUGCAUCAUAUUAGCUGGAAGAGGCUCAAGAAAAUCUUUGUAAGAAGACUAGCCCAUCCAUGACUCAAAUGAUCAUUCUUUAUUUGUUUUGUCCAAAAGCUUCAACAUUUGGAGGAGAAAGCAUGAUGGAACAUUCUAAAUAUGGGAAGAGUGGUAAAAGUAUACCUUGGUAGGUUUGGUCAAGUCAAGAAAUUUUGUUUUGUUUUGUUUUUGUUUUAAAUGCUUUGGGCCUAAGUUAACUAAAUCCUCCCCAGGCAGAUGGAAAAAGUAAUUCCUUCCUAAAGCAUAUUCAGCUACAGAUAAAUUAUAGAAAGGAUCAAAACUUACUUAGCAUGUCCCAGGAUGGCUUCCAGAACACACAGGGCUGGAACCACCACAAGGAAAUAUGAAAAGCUUCCACUUGGUAAUCUAUCAGCAUUUUCAAAGCAGUAUAUAUAAGAUUUACCUUUGCUCACCGGUUGAAGCAUCAUCAGCAGGAAUGUGAUCUCAAACAAACUAACACUACUAAUUUUAGGGGAAAUAUUUUUCUUCUUACUCUUUAUCUCCCUGCUCUUGUUUCCUUGGUGUUCUCUAUAUCCCUGACAUCUGGAAUGAGAGACAAGAGGUCAGGAUCCAGAAUAGGAAACUAAUUCACUGAUAGGUUUCUUAUUUACCAGGAUACUCUCCAUAUCCUGAGAGACUAGUAACUAUGUGAAAAUACCCCACAAACCUGAAAAUUAGUUAGAGUUGCCUGGCAGGAGAGAUGAGGAAUACUCAAAUGUGGGAGAGACUAGAAAUCGGAAGAACAGUUUUAGUGAUAACAUUAACCAAAGAGUGGCAUUAGAUUGAAUUUGUGUGCUGGUAUGAUCCAUUCUACAUACUUUUUUGUAAAGUAACUUUCAUGUGUAUUUUCUAACAAACAUUUUUAAUGAAGCCUAACAAAAUGUGACAGUUAAGAGUGUGAAAUGAGCAUAAGUAGUUGUUUCUGGGUUUUUCUCUAGGUAUGAACAAGAAAUCAGGUGACAAUCAAGAGAAAAUGGUUCAGUAAAAUUGCUGCAAAGAUAAAACAUAUAUGAUGCUGGCUAUGUACAGAGGUUGGUAUUUUUAAAAAAGGAUAGCAAAAAUGUUUACUGUCAAAGUGAGAGGUAUAUAUUUUGUGAUGGUAGAUUAUUCCUUAAAACUGUUUUGUAUUAUAAUGUAUGAUUACUAAUGUAUGCAGUUGCUGAGGGAUUUUGGUUGAGUAGAAUGAGAGUUGCUCUCUUUUCUUAUGAAAAACUACAUUCUAACUGACUUAAAAAUCACUCUUUGCUUCUGACUGACAAAAUUUAGUUUACUCACAAAGAUUUUUUUAAGUAUUUUUAUAAAAAUAAUCUGAUUGCCUAAUCGUUUUAAGAGCCUUUUUAUUACCAAAAAUUAUCCAUCCAGAAACUGACUGGAGCAAAGCAUUUUGGCACUUUUUUGAAGAGUAUAGUUGUUAUCUGCCUAGUGAAUUAAUGCAUCUUACAUUAAUCAAAUAUAUCUUACUGGUAAGUAGCUGCGCAUGUCACCAAACUACAUCUGUCAGUUUUGUGGGGUUUUUUAAUAAUAGAUUAUGGGAAUUAGUGUAAGGAUUUCAUUACCAGUCCAUGGAUAAAAAGAGUGGCUCUUGGAGGUCAUGGUUAAUGUCCAUUAAUGAGAAAAAGCGCAGAGGCUUGCACAACUGAUGUGUCUGCUAUACCUGGCCUAUGAAUUAAUAAAAUACUUCAGUGUGCUGUCUAUCUUGUAAACCUUCCAAAGCACAAAAUAUUCACCAAGCUACUUUUGGGUUUUCUGGUUGUAGUUCAGUGUAUUUUGGAGGGUGGAAAGGGCAGACUUUGAGGAUCAUGAGAAACAUAAUACAUUUUACAGAUUUUUAUAGCUAUUUUUUUAAUAAAUGGCAUUGCUUUCCGUAACGUCAAAUUACUGAUUAGCAAAAACAUCAAAGAUAUUUUAUCUGUUGUGUGGUACAAAAUAGAUAAAAUAAAAUAAAUAUGAUUAAGCUCUUUCUUUUCUUUUCCAAAAGAGUCCUAAACUAAAUUAGAAAGCAACAGUACAGUUAUUUAAGGGAUUCUUAAAUCUGCCAAUGUAAAAAUUGCAAUAAAUCUUAAUUCCAAAUUUUUUCUAGAAUAGAAACUUCCUGGAAUAAGCAUUUAGCAAUGCAUAAUUUUAAUUGUUCCCCCUAUUAUAAAGUCAGCCAUUAGAAAAUAUUUUGCAUUUUUUAAAAUCAGUUUAAAGCUUGAAUUGUCAAAUUUUCUAGGUUACUGAAUAGUCAGUAUAGUACUCUAAAUGGGAUUUUGUUUGGAUGGGGCUUAAGUGUCCUUAUAUAAGCUGUGAUCCAAGUAAUGGUAAGAAGGACGGUAACUAUGUUCUAAGGCUUCCUUGCAUCUGGUCAGUGGCUAUCAGUUUUUAAUAUAACAGCCCUCACAAUGCUUAAGAGAUCAUAGAACAUAUUGUAAUAUUAUGUUGCUGAUUUUCUUUUAAGAUAUAAAAUAUUUUAAGCUUUUUGUCAAAAGUGGUAACAUCUUAUUACAAAUAAACCUUUUUGUGGUUGUAAAAUUUAGCUUAUAAAUCAUUCAAAUUGAAGUGAAAAAAGAAGGUCAUUGUUAAUGACUUAGUCUAUCCUACUAUUAAGAAUAUAUGUAUUUUUGUAAAGGAAAAGCACUUGUAGAUAUUUAAUCUGUCCAAUAUCUAUGUUUAUGUUUUGAAAAAACAAAAUGCUGCUUAGAGAAUCACUUAAAUAUUUUUAUUUUUGUGCUCAAAUGCAUCCUUUGUUGAUUUAUGGAAUGUUUAUUCUGUAUAAAGAUGUAAAGUUAUUACAACUGGGCUAAAUGCAUUUUAUAUUUGGACUUAGCCAGGUCAGAUAUAUUUGGCUACAAAAUUCACUAUAUCAUCAGAAACCUGAUUACAGAAUUUAUUAUGAUGGUGCUGUUUUUCAUCUUUGAUAUUAGCCUUGUCCUGCUUUACAACAUUCCUGCUUUAUAGUGUUCAUAGCAUUAUGACAAAAUUCUAAUCUCUUUGUGAGGGUCACAUUCCAAUGGAUGUUUUAUGGUGUAUUUUGACAUUUCGUUUACAGUCUAUAGAAUUAUACAAGUAGUAGAGUUGUCUGUAAAGUUAUAACAAAAUAAUUGCAGUAGAUAAUAACUAAUUUCCUAGAGUGGGAGAAUGGCAUCCAGGUUUAGUCAAGCAGAUAUGUUUUUCUGGAGCACGGGGACGUAUCUGGUACUUAGUAUUUAUGAAUGCAGUACCACAGGAAACAAGUGCUAUGAUAUAUAAUAGUUAUGAUUGCACCAUUUGAGUUACAAAUGCAUAGUUGGUUGUACCAGUGGCACUUUAAAAGAAAUGAAACAAACAUUUGGAUAGUCCCAGGAAUUAACUUGCUUUCCAUGGUUUUGAGCAAUUAUGGCUGACACACUGUCCCUCAGCCAUCUUGUUGCAUGAAAAUUAUUGUAGCAUGUAUGACAUGUGAAAGAGCUCAAUAUACAAAACUUUCUGAAAGAUUUCCAGCAGGUAAACAUUGGUAAAGGCAAUGGCCAUUACAGAAUAAUUCAGUCUUUACUUAACUGGGACCCUUCCCGUCAGUGGAGAUUCUGCCUUGGUCCACAAUAGUAGAUCCUGAUGCAGAAUCAGAGCUUCUGAUUUGAUUUUAGUGGUGUUACUUUGUUUAUACGUUCUUAAAACUAAAAUGUGAAUACGGCUAAGAAUUUCCAUUUUAACCCUGACUUUAUUUACUUGCGUGGUUUUUUUGCUUCAAUUUCUAGCAUUAUUUAAACUUAACUUAAACUGUUAGCUUUCUUUAAGUUUGAGUUCUGUAACUCUUCUGAGUGCAUGAGUUCACAAUAAAUUACAUUACAAAAAUAGCCAUGUAUAUAGUAACAUGAUUAUUAAAUAGUGGGAGGAUUACAAAUCCUGAGCAGACUGCAAAUACAUGUGACAACGUUAUUGUAUUAAUUGUACACCUGCUAUUUCUAAGUUAAUAAAGUUACAUAUUUUUAAAAUAUAACUUGCAUAUUUUACAAUUUAAAUUUUUUGUUAAAUACUUCUUAAAUCCAUGUUAAUUACUGGGGACGUAGCAUGUCAGGGCAUACAAAGUCAUGUUUUAACAACUCAAAUCCAUUUUUUAUUCUAUAAUACAUAUAUUCCAGUGCUCUAGAAGGUUUUUUUAAACAAAUAUAUACUUGUUCACUAAAAAAUAAACACUGGGUAUUCUCCCUUGCUUUCCCAAAGGUCACCCUUGAAUUUUUUUUUUCAACUUAGUUACAAACUCCUAAACUGAAUGUUGCCCUGGAAAAGAUAAGUUCAUAGCUACAGUAGUAAAAAAAAUACUUUCCUAAGUAGGUGCUGGUAAAUAGGUGUCAUUUUGGUUAAAUUCCCCAUUGGAUAUAUAUGGAAGCAAAGUGAAAUGAGUUUGUUUGUUUGGGGUGUUAUCUACAUUUGUAAACAAGAUGAAUUUUAAUACAGUAGCUCAUGCAAGCUCUCUGAAUGGGCAUUUUAGAAUCUUGUAUAUGAAUUAUUUGAUAUAUAAGUGUGUUUCUGAUGAUUAUUAUGUUUGCCUAGGUAUCAGUGAUGUUAAAUUGAAUGCUUCAUGCUAAUAUCAGGAAUGUGCCCAGUACCUUCGUAGUAGCCAAGAAUAAAUUAAAAUUGGGUAUGGUCCAUAUGCUGCAAGAUGCCUUUAGUCCAGUUGCAUUAAUCCUAUGAAAAAUCUAGAUAAGCAAGAAAUAUAACUAAUCUGCUUACUAGCACUGAAUUGCUCCUUUCUCAAAGCAAUAAAUAUAUUCAUGUUGUAACAUCUGUUGUGCAGCCUACAAUACAAGUUGUUUUGUUGCAUUUUGUUUUCUAUAUAAUUUAUUUUGUGCAAUAAAAAAAAAAUCAUCUGGCUU